AGGUCCUUUCAUAUCCAUCUCUUUUCUUUAUAUAGAUUCAGAACAAAAUCUGAAACUUGAGAUAAUGGAACUGCAGAAUUAUUCCUUGGUGUCAGAAUUUGUGUUGUAUGGACUCUGCACUUCACAGCAUCUCCAACAUUUUUUCUUUAUAUUUUUCUCUGGGAUCUAUGUGGUUACUGUGUUGGGUAACCUCAUUAUUGUGGUCACUGUAAUUUCUGACCCCCACUUGCACUCUUCCCCUAUGUACUUCCUGCUGGGAAAUCUAUCCUUCUUGGACAUAUGGCUAGCCUCAUUUGCCACCCCCAAGAUGAUCAGGGACUUUCUUAGUGAUCAAAAGCUCAUCUCCUUUGGAGGAUGUAUGGCUCAGAUCUUCUUCUUGCACUUUAUUGGUGGGGCUGAGAUGGUGCUUCUGGUUUCCAUGGCCUAUGACAGAUAUGUGGCUAUAUGCAAACCUUUGCAUUAUAUGACCAUGAUGAGUCGGAAAACCUGUAUGGGACUGGUGUUGGUUUCAUGGGUCAUUGGAUUUGUGCACUCCAUCAGCCAAGUAGCCUUUACUGUGAAUUUACCUUACUGUGGCCCCAAUGAAGUAGACAGCUUCUUCUGUGACCUUCCUCUUGUGAUCAAGCUUGCCUGCAUGGACACCUAUGUCUUGGGUAUCCUCAUGAUCUCAGACAGUGGGUUGCUCUCUAUGAGCUGUUUUGUGCUCCUCUUGGUCUCCUACACUGUUAUUCUCAUCACUGUCCGACAGCAUGCUGCUGGUGGGGUAUCCAAAGCACUCUCUACUUGCUCUGCACAUAUCAUGGUAGUCCUGCUCUUCUUUGGGCCCUGCAUUUUCAUUUAUGUGUGGCCUUUCAGUCGGUUCUCUGUGGACAAGCUCUUGUCUGUAUUUUAUACCAUUUUUACUCCUCUCUUGAACCCCCUUAUCUACACAUUGAGAAAUAAAGAGAUGAAAACAGCUAUGAAGAAGCUGUGUAACCAACAUGUGACUUCUCACUGA